AUGUUGAGCAUUCCAAGGACUCCGGGACGGGCUCCUCGUUUCAACUCGAGUGGAAUGCAUACGCCAAAUUUCAAGAUUCAGAAACAGUCGACGCCUAUGCCCUAUGAUCAUUUCCUACAUGCCGCUGUCUCCCUCAAACAGCACAUCGACUUCGGAGAGCAAUCACACCGUCCCAUUGCAACGCCAGUCAAAGCACAAAUGUUCGCACCAGCGCAUACUUCAACACCAGCAACGGUUCGGUCAGGACUUUUGCACCCAUGGGAAGUUCAGAAGACAAAUGCAGUCAGAGAUCGGCUUCCAAGCACUAUUGGAUUCGACGAAGAAGAAGAACUGAGCCUUGAUACGUCGCCCGAGUCGGAACAUCGUCCAGCAUCAGUUCCACUUGUCAACAGAGCAUUGUUCCGAUCAGAGAUUCCAGCACGUCCCAAAACUGCGGAGCCAGUUGAACUUCGAAAGGCUGGCAACCAACCUGGCUCACCAUCACGCAAGCGAAAUAUGAAGCUGACUCUCGCAAAGACGCCGUAUUGUGCGAGACCAACUCAAUCGUGGCUCAAUCGAAUCAAGGCCCCUCGCGACGACUAA